GGACGGCUGGGGACGCAACCGCGGUUGAUAUAUACCUCCGCCUCCGCCUGCUCCCAUGGCCACCGCCGCAUCCACCUCCGCUGCCGCCGCCGUCCUCGCGUCCCGGCUCCUCCGACGCUCGCCGCGCCUGCUGCGGCGCCUCGGCCUCUCGCGCGCACCGCCCGUGGCGCUCUCGUCGUCGAGCCGACCCCUUGCGCCCCUCGCCCGCCAGCCGCUCGGUCACCGCGCUCGGAUGGGGCACACCGCCGCAGCGGCGGCCGCCGAACCCGCUCUCGGUCUCACCAAGCCCAACGCCGCCGAGCCGCCUCAGAUCACUUUUUCCGCUAAAGACAUCGAAUUCUCCGAGUGGAAGGGCGAUAUUCUCGCCGUCGCGGUCACAGAGAAGGAUCUGUCCAAGGAUUCCGACUCCAAAUUCGAGAAUGCCGUCUUGAAGAAGCUGGACAGCCAGCUCGGCGGUCUCCUGUCGGAGGCGGCAGCGGAGGAAGAUUUCACGGGGAAAGCCGGGCAAUCAGUGGUUCUCCGCCUCGCGGGACAGGGUUUCAAGAGGGUGGGUCUGAUUGGUCUUGGCCAGAACGCCCCGUCCACUGCUGCCGCUAGCCGGGGCCUUGGCGAAUCUGUCGCAUCAGUUGCCAAGUCUGCUCAAGCUAGCAGCGCUGCUAUUGUUGUUGCCUCCCCCAGUGGGAUCCAGGAGGAGUUCAAGCUAACUGCUGCAGCAGCAAUUGCUUCCGGAACUGUACUCGGGUUGUAUGAGGACAGCAGAUACAAGUCUGAAUCAAAAAAGGUGCACCUGAAACAGGUUGAUAUUAUUGGACUGGGUUCUGGUCCGGAGGUGGAUCAGAAACUUAAGUAUGCCAACGAUCUUUCGUCAGGCGUGAUAUUUGGUAGAGAGCUUGUGAACUCUCCUGCCAAUGUCCUUACCCCAGCUGUGCUUGCGGAGGAGGCAUCAAAGAUCGCUUCUACAUACAGUGAUGUGUUCACUGCCACAAUAUUAGAUGUGGAGAAAUGCAAAGAGUUGAAGAUGGGCUCUUACUUGGCAGUUGCUGCCGCUUCUGCUAACCCUCCUCACUUCAUCCACUUGUGCUACAAACCAACUGAUGGGAAUGUCAAGAGAAAGCUGGCUAUUGUUGGGAAGGGUCUAACUUUUGACAGUGGUGGCUACAACAUUAAGACUGGGCCAGGCUGCAGCAUCGAGCUGAUGAAAUUUGACAUGGGAGGCUCUGCGGCUGUGUUUGGUGCAGCUAAAGCGUUGGGCCAAAUCAAACCUCCUGGCGUAGAGGUUCACUUUAUAGUUGCUGCCUGUGAAAAUAUGAUUAGUGGCACAGGCAUGAGACCUGGUGACAUUGUGACUGCUUCUAACGGGAAAACAAUUGAGGUAAAUAAUACUGAUGCAGAGGGAAGGCUUACCCUUGCUGACGCUUUGGUCUAUGCUUGCAACCAAGGUGUUGACAAGAUUGUUGAUCUGGCAACACUAACUGGUGCGUGCGUUGUUGCACUUGGGCCUAGCAUUGCCGGGAUUUUCACACCAAGCGAUGAGCUAGCCAAGGAGGUUACAGCUGCUUCUGAGGUAUCAGGCGAGAAGUUUUGGAGACUGCCACUGGAAGACAGCUACUGGGAAUCGAUGAAGUCCGGUGUUGCUGAUAUGGUCAACACUGGUGGUAGGCAAGGUGGUUCCAUUACCGCUGCUCUGUUCCUGAAGCAGUUUGUUGAUGAGAAAGUCCAGUGGAUGCACAUCGACAUGGCUGGGCCAGUGUGGAACGACAAGAAGCGUGCUGCCACCGGUUUCGGAGUCUCCACCCUGGUGGAGUGGAUCCUCAAGAACUCCUCAUCCUGAACAGCCACAAACCCAUAUGCUUUCCCUUUUCCAAGCUGGGACCGGUGACUGGAGGUUUACCAUGGUUUUUUCUUUUGUGCUACUACCAUUUUAUAGUUGCCACUUGCAAACUGCGAGCAAAGCGGACGGGUGUGUGUGAUACUGUGAUAGAAUAAGCGUAAGGGCUGGAACGCCUUUUGUGUCAUGGGUGACGGAGUGUGCUGGGUCCUGUCCAUGAAAGCCGCGUCGCUGUCGAGCCGUGCCGCCGCCGCCGUGUAGCGUUCUCCGUCGAGUGAAAUAACGUUUAUUACUUUUGUCUGUGCCCAUGAAGGCAAUGAAGCACGCCAUAGAAAAUUGCAUCGGAAGUUUUGUGCCA